AUGACUCCUGAACAAAGGGCGUUAAUCCACAACCAUUUCGAACAACUAGGAAUGGAAUGUAUAAAGGAUUACACUAUAACUGAGGAUGAUAUCAAGAGCCUCAGAGACAAGCAGGUACCGACUGGUCCAAAUGCACCGUGCUUUUUGGCUUGCGUGAUGAAGAAAGCUGGUAUAAUGGACGAUAAAGGCAUGAUUCAAAAGGAAAACACACUGGAAUUAGCAAAAAAAGUUUUCAAUGACGACGAAGAAAUAAAAUUGAUUGGGGACUAUCUUCACUCAUGCGCAUCUGUAAAUACCGACGCUGUAAGUGAUGGAGACAAGGGGUGCGAGAGGGCUCUCAAAGGCUUCAAAUGCAUGGUGGAUAAUGCUUCUCAGGCAACCACCACAGCUGAGCAUGUAGAAACUCUCAAGGCAAAACUCGUUGUAGCUGGCGAAGCAUGCAUUGAAGAGUUCCCGAUUUCUGGAGAAGACAUAGCUUCUUUCAAGAACGGCGAGUUCCCUGUUGGAGAACAAGCGGGCUGCUUUAGUGCAUGCGUGCUGAGGAAUAUUGGCUUGUUUGAUGACAAAGGUAACCUCCACGAUGCUGAUAAUCUUGAGAAGGCUACAGAGAUCUUCACUGAAGAAAAGGAAAUUGACACUAUCAAGGAACUUAUCAAAACUUGCUCCAAAGUCAACGAAGAAACUGUGACUGAUGGUGAAAAAGGAUGUGAGCGGGCCAAGUUGCUGUUCACCUGCUUCGUGGAAAACUCCAAGUAA